ACUCGAUGCCCCGCCCCUGUUGGCCGGCACCACAGUUGAAAUGACACCGUGGGAAAGCUGUGCGCUUCAAACGGAGGCGCUCCGGGCAAAGUUGGGCAGACGAACGUCAGACGGCGACGCAGCAGACACGGCAAAACUGAAGGACUAUUGUGGACGAAUCAAAAAUGAAAAGGAAUCACGAUUUUAGCUCCUCAGACAGCGAGCUGGAUGAGACUAUUGAGGUGGAAAAGGAGAGCGCGGAUGAGAAUGGGAACAUGAGCUCUCCUCUCGGCCCCAUGUCUCCCACCACAUCAACUCAGGUGCAGGCGAGGAAAAGGCGUCGAGGAAUCAUUGAGAAACGGCGCCGGGACAGAAUCAACAACAGCCUCAGCGAGCUUCGCAGGCUGGUUCCCAGCGCCUUUGAGAAACAGGGCUCAGCCAAACUUGAGAAAGCAGAGAUUUUGCAGAUGACUGUUGACCAUCUGAAGAUGCUUCAUGCUGCUGGAGGCAAAGGAUAUUUUGACGCCCAUGCCCUGGCAAUGGACUACCGUGGACUGGGUUUCAGGGAGUGCCUGGCUGAGACGGCCCGAUAUCUGAGCAUAAUCGAAGGCUUGGACAGCACAGAUCCUCUGCGGCUCCGUCUGGUCUCCCACCUUAACAACUACGCCAGUCAAAGAGAGGCUCACUCUGGCCUAAGUCACCUGGCUUGGGGCUCUGCAUUUGGAUCCCCUCCUCCCCACCUGACCCACCCUCUCCUCCUCCAGCACCAACAGCACCAACCCUUGGCACCUUUACCCCGCAGCACCACCAGCAGCCCACAAACUCCUCUGUCAUCUGGGCCCGCCUCAUCCACCUCUUCCUCCUCCUCCUCUUCAUCAUCUUCAUCGGUUGCGGAGACUCACGCCCCAGGCAAGCGAAGCGGCAGUGCCACUCCCCACUCAGAUCAAGGCCCGAUCCGGGUUCCCCCCAGCACUGCCGCUCCCACCACCGUCCACCCCGCCUUGGUCUCCUCGUCAGCGUCCAAGCUCUCCCCUCCCCUUCUCUCCUCCCUCUCAGCGUUCCCCUUCCCCUUCAGUGCCUUCCCCCUCAUCUCCCCCACCACCACCAUCAGCCCCCCAGUCCCAACAUCCAGUGUGGGCAAGCCCUACAGACCCUGGGGUAUGGAGAUAGGAGCUUUCUGACUGAAAUGAAAACCUCAACACAAUCUACAAAUAGACUCACUACCCAGCUGAGCUGGACUUUCAAGGACAAGACUUUUUGUUUUCCCAGCUAAGAAAAUACUAUUUUUUUCUAUGAUGUUGACAUCCCACAGAAGAUACAUCUAGCUAUAGGAUUUUUAUUUUCUUACUAAUGUAUUAGAAGACAAAAAAAAAAAAAGAACAGUGAGGAGGGAGACCACGACUAAAAAGCAACAGGGGUGAUUUAUCGAAACUGAUCUCUGUUCCUGCCCACCUCUUUAGAAGUCUCACCCACUGUUGUCAGCCUAUCAGGAAUGGCUUUUCCAGAUGGUCAAGCAGUCGCCGCCCGUCAAGUUCCUGGGCGAAACUGUCUCCUCUUUGUUUAUCCCUCUGAGCUGAAACACCCAGUGCUGGUGCCCUGGUUACAUACAGAGAGAGAGAGAAAGUGGGGGUGGGGGUGAAAGAAGGGGCUGAGGUGGUCGAGAGUCACCCCCCUUUUUACAGCAUUUUAUGGGGUGGAAUAACCGAAACCAGGUGUUUGUUUGACUAAACACUGGGAACAGAAGUUAGCUACCAGCUUGGUUGAAGUAAACGUAGCCAUAAUUUACCCCCAGCCUCUGAAGUUUGUAUGGUGCUCCAUUGUUUAAGUUUGCCUUCCUCGAGUUAUGUUUCCUCUCUACAGUAAAUCUUAUCCUUAACAACUGAGGCUUUGCAUAUGACUUUCCAGAUUCUACCAGCUUUACAAUAUUUUCAUCUUUUUAUCGCCAUGUUUACAAGUUAUUUUCUUCUUCCUGUUCAAAGUAGCAGCAUUAUCAAUCCUUAAAAUGACUAUUUGUGACAGCAACAAGGCAACCCACGUCAGUUCUUUCUCAUUAAGAAAGACCGGUUCUUGGUAUCCACCUGACAUUUUGGCUUCUCCUGGCAAACCUCACUCUUGAGUUUGUAUAUUUUGAUGGCUGUACAGAGCACAAGCAAGCACGGAUGGUUCAGAUUUCUCAGCAUCUAAAAGUUGUUGCUGGUGGUAUUGUCAAGUUCCCUGUAAUAAAAGAGUUCAGAUAAAUCGUU